AUGGCUUCGUGCCCUUCCUGUCACACUGGGACUUCGCCAGGCAUCCGCUUGUGUUCCCACUGUGGUUUCCACUUUCCUAGCAAUGUCCUUCAGUCUUCCGUUCUACUUACUCACGCUGUCGGUAGCUCGUCAAGUGGAAGUACCUAUCGGAAUAUUUCAAAAGACCGGAAUAAGAAGAAAAAACCCAAGGAUAAAGAUGAAAAACCCAAAGACAAGAAGAAGAAGAAGAAAAGGAAAGACCCAUUUGAAGUCCCACCCGCUGCUGCAGGAAACGAAGCUGCUGCUAUUUACAAGAGGAUACUCGCAGCUGUUCAAGGUGCUAAUAAAGAUCACGAUGAAGUGGUCUCGGCCUUUAAAUUGGACUGCAAACAAUAUGGACAAGAGGAACUACGAGCUCGGGUUUUUUAUGAGAGACUUGCCAUAUAUUUUGGUAGUGAGCUGAUGCUCGAACAUAUGCUGCCUCAGCUUGCACGACUUAUUCCGGACGACAAGAAGAGGAAGAAAUUAGUCAAAGCACAUGUUAAACACAAGCUCAGUAGUGGAAAAGUAGGCUCUACAAGUAGUAGCUAUCAUGUCCGACGACAAGUGUCUAGUUCAAGUGAGAUCACGAUGGAGGAGAAGUCGUCGAGGAGUCUUUUAAUGAAAGAUCGACGGCCGUAUUCGGCGUCGGAACUUAUUCGACGAGACAGUAUUGAGAGUGAUACAUCGAGCAACACGAGUGGAGAGUUGGUUCCUAUAGCUCCAGGGCCUAGACGCCCUAUCGCUCGUCAUACAGACAACCCCAAGUGCGCCAUUUGCAGUGAGGUGUUUGAUAUUAAACGACGUCGACAUCAUUGUCGCAAGUGUGAGGCAAGUGUUUGCCACUCGUGCUCUCCAGCGCGAAUGUUGAUCUCACCCGACCAAGUGGCGAGUGACAGGAUGAAGAAGAAGUACGAUCCGGCACACCCACAACGGGUUUGCACCAUUUGCGCACCAGUCCUGCAAUGCUUUCAGGAUGGUCUUAACUCGCAGUAUGCCAACUGCCACAAAGAAAAUCCGCAUGAGACCAAGACAAGACUGCACUUACCAUUUAGUCGGUCGCUGGAAAGUGCGUGUCGUUCUGCAGCAGACAUUCUAGGCAACUUUUUCCGACCAGAUUUCGGUGCUGAAAGCGACCGCUACAUCCCAGUCAAUUUUCUUAAGCGUGCGCAAGGUAUUGCCUUCCUUACAGUUAUCAAGGCAGGUCUGCUUAUUACCGCCAAAAUGGGCACGGGUAUUGUCAUCGCGAAGCUAGAUGAUGGCUCGUGGUCUGCACCAUCUGCUAUAGGCACGGCGGGUAUAGGAGGUGGUCUCGAAGGUGGCGGUGAACUGAUCGAGUUUAUGAUCAUUAUGGGCUCCAAGAAUGCAGUCAAGGUUUUCCACCGUACGCAGGUGAACGUUGGUGGUGGAUUGAGCGUGGCUGUUGGGCCGUACGGACGUGAUGCACUGGCACAGGCUGCUGCUAGUCGAGGAGGAUUCAACGCUAACUACAGUUACUCUCACAGUCGAGGACUUUUCGCCGGCAUUUCGCUUCAUGGAGCUGUCAUUACUGCGCGGACAGAUACGAACAGCAACUUUUACGGUCAGAAACUUACACCCGAGGAGAUUUUGAGUGGGGCCGUUCCACAUCCACGCGCUGCGCAGUGCUUGUACGAUGCUAUUGACGAUGCCAUGAAAGGGAUUGCUCAGUUUGAAGCCUCUGGAGGAUCUCAACGACGUUCAUCAUCGGCUACCGCUGCUGCACAAGGUUCUUGCAAAUCUUGCCGAUGUAACGAUUUCGUUCCCAAGGCCUUUUCAAAGAAGUGUAAGUCUUGCACCCAUGUACACAAUCCCUAA